GAUGGAUCCUCAUCAUGAACAUCUUCAUGCCGACGUGGAUAUGAAUUUAGUGCGAAAUGAGAGUGCUGAUCUAUCCCACUUGUCGGACAAAGAAAAAUGGAGAGUGGAGCAUGUGAGGUUACAUGAGAAACACAAAGGGCAUGAGUCCAUGCAUGCAGAGAUGGUGCUAAUUCUUAUAACAACCCUAAUUGUUGCUCAAGUACUCUUAGUGCAAUGGAAGAAAAGACAUUUCAAAUCCUACCAGACAGCAACACUGGUAGGGAUGUGGGUAAUUCCAAUUAUAUUCUGUGUUCACUUUGGCUGGUGGAGGUUCCCUUUCUUCUGGGCUGUAUUUUCCCUAAUUACAGGCCUUGUCACCAUGAAAGCCAAUAGGAGACCUAUAUCUGGCAGUACACCAAGAUUGGUCUACAAAUGGUUUUUGCUGAUCUAUAAAAUAAGUUAUGCACUAGGAAUCCUUGGCUACCUCAUCAUAAUGUUCACCUUAUUUGGAUUGAACAUCCUGCUUCUCAUUAAGCCCAAUGUUGCCAUGGAUUUUGGACUAUUGUUACUUUUCUAUGGGUUAUAUUAUGGGGUCGUAGGACGGGAUUUUGCCGAAGUUUGUACAGAUAAAAUGGCUUCACAUAUAGGAUAUUAUACUUCCACAGGGGUGCCUACGAAACAUUUAGCUCCAAAUAUCUGCUCUGUUUGUGGCAAUAGAAUUCUCACCAACGAUGAGGAUGGCGAUGGUAUAAUAGAAAAAACUUAUAAAUUGUCCUGUGGACAUAUAUUCCAUGAAUUUUGUAUACGAGGCUGGUGCAUUGUGGGUAAAAAGCAGACAUGUCCAUACUGCAAGGAGAAAGUGGAUCUCAAGAGGAUGUUUGCUAAUCCAUGGGAACGUCCUCAUGUUUUAUAUGAUGAACAAGGCGAACCUGGAGCUCCUGGAGUCGAUGGUAGGCCAGGAUUGGAUGGAAUACCUGGAUUGAAUGGCACACCAGGAUUGGACGGAAUACCUGGAUUGAUUGGCACACCAGGAUUGGAUGGAAUUCCUGUUGUUAAAGGUGACAUCGGCCCUCGUGGUCCAAAAGGUGACAUUGGUGAAUAUGGAUUGAACGGAAUACCUGGCCCAAAAGGAGACACUGGAAUGCCUGGCCCUAUUGGUGUGCCUGGAAUUAAUGGUGCACCCGGUCUUAAAGGUGACAUUGGCAUACCUGGACCAAAUGGAAUACCUGGAGGUAAAGGUGAAAUCGGCCCUCGUGGCCCAAAGGGUGACAUUGGUGAGUUUGGAUUGAAUGGAAUACCUGGCAUUAAAGGGGAGAUUGGUCCUCGUGGUCUAAAAGGUAGCAUGGGUCCUCGUGGUCUAAAAGGUAAUAUGGGUUUAAGUGGACCAAAGGGUAACGUGGGUCUUAGUGGCCCAAAAGGUAGCAUGGGCCCUAGUGGUCCAAGAGGUAACAUCAGUCCCAGUGGUCCGAAAGGAACCACGGGUCAUAGUGGUCUAAAAGGUGAUAUGGGUCCUAGUGGCCCAAAGGGUACAAUAGGUCCAAAGGGUAGCAUGGGUCCUAGUGGUUCCAGAGGUAACAUCGGUCCCAGUGGUCCGAAAGGUAGCACGGGUCUUAGGGGUCUAAAGGGUAAUAUGGGUCCCAGUGGUCCAAAAGGUAAUAUGGGUCCAAGUGGUCCAAAAGGUAAUAUGGGUCCAAGUGGUCCGAAAGGUAACAUGGGCUUUCGUGGUCUUAAAGGCAGCAUUGGCUCUCAUGGGUUAAAAGGUAUGAAAGGCGAAAGAGGACAACCAGGAUCAAGGGGAGCUCAAGGCAUUAAAGGGGCACCUGGUUUGAGAGGAGCCCAAGGUUAUAGGGGAUAUACAGGUAGUAAAGGUGUAAAAGGAGACAAAGGUUAUAGAGGAUACACAGGUAGUAGAGGCCCCAAAGGAGCCAGUUGGUAUGGGAAAUAA